AUGGCCCCCUUGCCUCGACCACGAGGAGUGAGAAUUCUCGGGUUUGUUCUGGACCGCGACAGAGUGCAUCAAUCAUCCUUCCCUGAUGUGACAAGUACGUAUAACUCGGCCUACUCACCUAGAGCCUUGUCCACGCAACCUACCGUACUCUCGCCCGACAACUCAGACAACCCAAGAGCCGGCCAGCACCUCAAGAGACCCAACCCCUUUGGCAAAAUGCUGAACUUGGCUUGGCGGAUCCUCGCCAUCCUAGCGUGUCUAUAUGGCAUUGCUGAAUGUGCCCGGAUCAGCAAAGAAGUCAUGGAAGACCAUGUCGACCCGACCAUUUGCCUCGAGUCUCAAUUCAAGGCGUCGUUCGAUCAGAAGCGGCCCUGGCAAGCCAUAAUACUCGGUGAAUGGCAUCAUACGCACAAGGAUGCCGGUGAAGGUCCCCUAGCGGUAAUGGCAGAGCUCGUCAAAACAAUUACAAAGGUCCUUGACACCAUCACCAAGCGCCAGUUCCUUAAGAGCGGCUCCGCGCACCGCUUGAAGAAAUAUUCUCACUGGACCGCCUCGAGGACUCAGAUCCAUCCGGCAAUUGCCUGA